CCCAUUCUGUGGCAGAGCGAGGCCACCGGUGCAAAACACUACCUUAACCUAGCUGUAGCUACGCGGAGUCUGAAUAUCUCGUUCGAUUAAGUCAACGAUCGACGAAAGAGGAAUAAGGAAAAAGGCGGAGAACAUCCUCAGAUAUUAUCACAACGCAUUUUUAAACAUGGCCGACAACGACAAACUAGAUAACCAGCGGAUAAAGAAUUUCAAAAACAAGGGUCGAGAUGUGGAGACGAUGAGAAGGCAGAGAACUGAGGUGGUGGUGGAACUCCGGAAGAACAAACGAGAUGAACACCUUCUGAAGCGGAGAAACGUCCCACAGGAAGAUGUGUGCGACGAUUCGGACAUAGAUGGGGAUUUCCGAGCGCAAAAUACUUCUUUAGAAGCAAUAGUGCAAAAUGCCACCAGCGACAACCAAGGAGUGCAGCUGAGUGCCGUGCAGGCGGCCAGGAAGCUGUUAUCAAGUGACCGCAACCCCCCUAUUGAUGACUUGAUCAGAUCAGGAAUUCUGCCAAUCCUAGUUCACUGUCUGGACAGGGUUGAUAAUCCGUCGCUGCAGUUCGAGGCGGCCUGGGCCCUGACCAACAUCGCCUCCGGCACCUCGGAGCAGACCCAGGCUGUGGUGCAGUCCAAUGCAGUUCCCUUGUUCCUGAGGCUGCUGCACUCCCCGCAUCAGAACGUCUGCGAGCAGGCUGUGUGGGCCCUGGGAAACAUCAUUGGCGACGGCCCCCAGUGCAGAGACUACGUGAUCAGCCUGGGCGUGGUCAAGCCCCUGCUGGCCUUCAUCAGCCCCUCCAUCCCCAUCACCUUCCUGCGCAACGUCACCUGGGUCAUGGUCAACCUGUGCCGCCACAAGGACCCGCCCCCUCCCAUGGAGACCAUCCAGGAGAUCCUCCCAGCCCUGCGUGUCCUCAUUCAUCAUACGGAUGUGAAUAUCCUGGUGGACACGGUCUGGGCUCUGUCCUACUUGACGGACGCCGGGAACGAGCAGAUCCAGAUGGUCAUCGACUCCGGAAUUGUCCCUCAGCUGGUGCCUCUCCUCAACCACCAUGAGGUCAAAGUUCAGACGGCAGCGCUGAGAGCGGUGGGGAACAUCGUGACCGGCACAGAUGAGCAGACCCAGGAGAUCCUGAACUGCAACGCCCUGUCCUACUUCCCCGCCCUCCUCACACACCCCAAAGAGAAGAUCAAUAAGGAGGCAGUGUGGUUCCUGUCCAACAUCACAGCGGGGAAUCAGCAGCAGGUGCAAGCUGUCAUUGACGCCGGCCUGGUGCCCAUGAUCAUCCAGCUGCUAGACAAGGGGGAUUUUGGGACCCAGAAAGAGGCAGCUUGGGCCAUCAGCAACCUGACAAUAAGCGGGAGGAAGGACCAGGUGGCAUACCUGAUCCAGCAGCAGGUGAUCCCGCCAUUCUGCAACCUGCUGACAGUGAAGGACGCGCAGGUGGUCCAGGUGGUGCUGGACGGGCUCAGCAACAUCCUGAAGAUGGCCGACGAGGAGGUGGAGACCGUCGCCAGCCUGAUCGAGGAGUGUGGAGGUUUGGAAAAAAUUGAGCAGUUACAGAAUCAUGAAAAUGAAGACAUCUAUAAACUGGCCUAUGAAAUUAUCGAUCAGUUCUUGUCCUCGGAUGAUAUCGAUGAAGACACGAGUCUGGUGCCUGAGGCCAUCCAGGAAGGAACGUAUGGGUUCAACUCCUCCACCAACGUGCCGGCAGAAGGGUUUCAGUUCUAGACCGUGUCCCCCCAGUUCUGAGUGUUUGUGGGCAGUCUACAGAAACUGAGAGAGCAAGCGAGCGUGAGAAAGAGUGCUAGGCCCAUUGCUCUUGGCGCGUGGGCUUCCGUGGCUGCAUCUGAUCUGAGAGGAAGCGUGUGAAUUUGGCGGGGGCCGGCCCGGACCGGGCUCUGGGCCAGGGGGGUGUGCCUGCGAGGAAAUGAGUGUGAGUGGUUUGAUGCUGUGGAAUGAAAAGUGAGCCAUCUACGCCGAGCGCUCCGUGCGACGUUUCAGAGUGACCGCGAAGCUAAUGGAGGCGUCUGCUGAGCGGCGGUAACACAGUCAGUACAGGGUGGGUGUCGGGGAGGAGCAGGACUUGGGCUGUAAGGUGGUGGCAGGAAUAAAAAACACAGACGCAUGGUGAAAUGAAUGGAAUGCCCCGAAAAGAAAUCGUUUCUUGGCUUUAAGGGUCCAGCAAGCUGAGGGGGCGGGCAAGGGGCGGGCAAGUGGAGUGCCUGUCGCGCCCUCUCCCACCCUCUCGGGCCACACUCCAGGUAAACGGACCGUGCGUUUGGCUGUCUGAAUCCUGACAAAGGGCAGAGCUCACCACCUCCAUCCCUCCCCCUCCAGGGCCGGCUGGCCUGCCCACUCACCCUCCCACGAAUACAGGGCAGGGAGAGGCAAAUUCAGGCCUACAGCGCGCGUGUGCGUGCGGUGCACGAGAGAGCGAGAGUGACGUGUGUGUCAGCGCGUGACAAGGCCGGCCAGAUUGAAUGCGAGCAUAUGCAAAAGAAGCGGGGUGUUAAAAAAAAAAAAACGUAUCAGGAGAAUGCUCGAUCACAUUCUAACCCCAUACAGGAGCUAUAUCAACACACCGCAGAAUGAAUGAGGUCAAGAUGACAUCAUUGUAAUUCCUUUUCGUGUGCGUGGUAGUGAGUUUGAAUUUGGAAGUGCGCUCGUAGCACGCAGUGUUCCGAUGCUUGGUGACACUUCCACUGUCAGUGCCUUUUUAGUUUUACAGCUUUUAUUUCAAGUGCUUGUAUGAGGAACCCCCCUCCCCACCCCCCCUAGUACACUCUGUACUUUCCCACCUAACGGUGGCUUGAUGCUGUGUGUACAUGUGUCGUCACCAUUCUCAGCCAAAUAUGUUCUCUUUGUCUUGAAGUGGAAAAAAAUUAUUUUGCAACAUUGGCAUAAAAAAGCUUCAGCUCACUAGAGCAGACAGCCAUUUUAGUUUAGUUCAUACUUUUCACUUUGGCACUCUCCUUGUACGCUGCAGCAUAGUACAUUUGAUUGAGUUAUUUAAACAUUUUGUCUGCCUGUGUUUCGGCCCCC